CAUACGGCUCCAAAUGCGUAACGUAAUGUUAUACCUGUACUUAUUCACCUUUAUCUCUGCAAUUUUAUCUAACUUAUCUUCGACGAAUUUAAUAAGCUUUACAUCAGCCUCUUUAAUAACAAUAUACGAACAUUACUACACAAUGCUGACUAAUGUUAAAUUCAUUUCAUGCUCAAUGUUUCUUCAUCCGUCAGCUGUUCCUUCAUUUCUGUGAUUUCGGAAUUAUUUUAUCUGCGGUCUUGUUGGAUAGAUAGACUAGAGAUAUAUUUCGUUUUCGAAUUUAUGAUGAUAAUUCGGUGGACGUUUUUUGUUUUGUUGAUCGUGUUAAUGACGCAGGAAGAUGCUGCAGAUAAAGAAUGCAAAGAGCUUCUCUUGGUGCAAGUGCUUUUCAGACACGGAGAUCGCGCUCCUUUAAGACUCUAUCCUACUGAUCCUAAUCCUGUAUCUAUCUGGCCUGGUGGCUUAGGAGCCUUAACUAAGCUAGGAAAAUUACAACUCUAUGUUUUAGGGCAACAACUACGAUACAUGUACAGAGAAUUUUUAACUACAAAUCCCAUAGAGAUCAAUGUCAAUAGCUCUGAGUACGAUCGUUGCCUUGAAAGUACUGAAUCAUUCCUUGCAUCUUUUUAUGCCCCUACUGAUGAAUUUAAAUUCAGCAAAAAUGUUGAUUGGCAGCCUUUACCUGUACAUUCUGUCCCGAAAGAGAUCGACAAAGAUUUAGACACGGGGAGCUUCUGUCCUACAACAGAUGCGGAGGAGAAAAGAAUAAUUAACUCCCCGGAAGGUCAAGCUUAUAUAGCGAAGCAUAAGGAAAUGUUUGAUUACUUGACAUUUUACAGUGGAACGCCCAUCACAGACUGGAUUACAGCGUACUAUUUGUUCGACACUUUAUUUGUAGAAAAUAAAUAUAAUUUGACCAUUCCUGUUUGGGCCCAUAAAUACUGGGACGAACUACAAGAAGUGUAUGAUGAAUCAUAUUAUUGGUGGUACAAAUCUUAUCUUAUGAAGCGUCUUAGAGGAGGACCCCUGAUGAAAAAACUGAUAGAAAUUAUGAACGAAAAAAUUGAUGGUAAGCUUCCUGAUCUCAAGUUUCAAAUAUUUUCAACACAUGAUGAUAACUUAGCCUUACUUUUGGAGAUAUUCGACAUCUUUCCUCUGAAGUUACCUCCAUACGCAUCGACACUAUUGUUUGAACUCUACAGAGGCACAGACAAUGCUAACUUCGUAAGGUUAUUGUAUCUUAAUUCAACCGAGCCUGAACUUGGAAAUCAAACACCACACAUUUUAAAGCUGCAUGGCUGCGAGGAAUAUUGUCCACUAGAAUUUUUCACAAAAUCCGCCCAACCUUUUUUCCCUGUCAACUGGGAGGAAGAAUGUGGUAUCACACGAUAGCAUGGACAAGUUUGAUGCAGGCAUUGCAAGCCGGCUAGGAUAACGGCAUUGCUUACGAAAACCUCAUUUUACAGAGAAAAAAACCUUUCGAUGUUUUAUUUUGUUAUUUUAGGAAGGUCAUUGUGUUCAAGAUGUAUUAGUGAUCUCCCUCCACAAAAAUGAAAUAAAUAAAUAAAGAUAUCACUCUGAA